CAUUUGGAAAAGUUCUAAAAACAGCACAUGUUUUCUAGAAGUAAACUAUAUAAAUUAUGGGCAUAGAGGAUUCUGAAGUGAACAAAUUAUACAUUCGUCUACCAGUUAAAAGACGAGAAGUAGACGAAUUUAUCAUUCGAGACUUGCAUCCAAAUAUAGUUGAAGUCCAUCUUCCUAGACAAAAAUCUGGAAAUUGGUGUAUAGUUGACUUUGAGAAUACAGAAAAAUUGAACGAAGCGUUACCCAUUUUAAAAAAGAAAAAGAUAGAGAAUAAGUUCAUCAAAAUUAAACUAUACAAGCAAGGUAAUCCUUUUGACCAAGGUGACUGGGGACCUGAUGACUUUGAUGUAGAUGAUGAUUGGAUUUCAUUUAAUAAUGAAGCGGGUAGGGAAUUUGGAUUCAUUAUACCUGAUGUAAUGAACAUUAAUGAAGACGAUGACAAUGAAUACUCUGUAGGAUCAAGUGACGAGUUCGAGGAAGAAGUAUACCUUGAGGUUGAAGAAGAAACAGACUCUAAUCUAGCACUAGAUGAACAUGAAGAGUCGCACAGUCCUUCCGUCAUCUACAGCAUGUCUGAGGAUGAUUAUGACUAUAUUGUAGAAGUAGAUAAUCCUAAUGAGUCACACAGUGUUUCUAUCUACACCAUGUCUGAGGAUGAAUAUGACUAUAGUGUAGAUCUAGAUGAUUCUGAUGAGUCACCCAGUCCUUCUAUCGACACCAUCUCUGAGGAUGAAGAUUAUGAUUAUAAUUUAGUACUAGAUGAACUUGAAGAAUCGAAUAGUCCUUCCCGAAGCUUCGCGGAAGCCGCCUUAAGGCACCUUAAGGUCGCUAUUGUAGAUAAGGUUAACCCAUAUGGCAAGAUCACUGCCGACCAGUCAAACCUUAUCAAACGCAGCCUGGUGGAGGAAUUGGACAAAGCAAUCUCCACCUCCGGCGGUCAUGUAAAAGUGCCCACAUUUAAAUCGUGGACUUACUCUGGUGAGAUCAUCAGGGUAGUCUGUGAUGACGAUGGGUCGCUUUCAUGUCUGGAAAACGUUAUUGCUAGACUCAAACCAUGGGAGGAUGCGUCACUGGCAGUUGUCAGUCAGGAUAAGCUCCCGAAGCUUACCAAAGCCUCUUUAUGGAUCCCGGAGGAUGGUACUACCACCUCUGAUGACCCAGAAAGAGUGCUGCUGAGGCUAACGGCGCAAAACCCCGACGUGGCAGUUGCCAGAUGGUGCACCUUCCAUCGUGAGGUAAAAAAGGAUCCUAAUGGACACCUGUUCGUCUUCGGAAUCGGAGACGAGGACAUGGAUGUCCUUAGGAAAAGAGAAAUGAGGCUGAGCUAUGCGUUCACCUCAUUGACUCUAAAAGUAAGGUCCAACGAAGUGAAGGGUUCCUCUUCGGAACCCGGGACCUCAGGCACUCAGCAGCCAAAGACGGCCACUAAGACUGAUGCAUCCCUGGUCCCACUCGAGGGAGACGAUCAGAUGGUGGUCGACGAACGCGGCAGAGGAGGCACCGAAAUGACUAACUCUGUCCCUUCCUCAUAUGAGGAUUGA